UGCGCAGAGCGCAGAGCGACGUGGCCGACCGGAAGUAGUUUGGACGGAACGGCCACCGGACCACUUGUACUAGCCAAGGAAGCCUAGCUGGGGGUUGCUGUUUUACCCCCUAGCCGGUACCACCAUGCUGAAGAAAUUCGACAAGAAAGACGAGGAAUCGGGUGGAAGCGCCAACCCAUUCCAGCAUCUUGAGAAGAGUGCAGUACUCCAGGAGGCCCGUGUAUUUAAUGAAACUCCCAUCAACCCUCGGAAAUGUGCCCACAUCCUCACCAAGAUCCUUUACCUCAUAAACCAGGGGGAGCACCUGGGUACCACUGAAGCAACGGAGGCCUUUUUUGCCAUGACCAAGCUCUUUCAGUCCAAUGAUCCUACCCUCCGUCGGAUGUGCUACUUGACCAUCAAGGAGAUGUCUUGCAUCGCAGAGGAUGUCAUCAUUGUCACCAGUAGCCUGACAAAGGACAUGACCGGGAAAGAGGACAACUACCGGGGCCCAGCGGUGCGAGCCCUCUGCCAGAUCACGGAUAGCACCAUGCUGCAGGCUAUUGAGCGCUACAUGAAACAAGCUAUUGUGGACAAGGUGCCCAGUGUCUCCAGCUCUGCCCUGGUGUCUUCCCUGCACCUGCUGAAAUGCAGCUUUGACAUGGUCAAGCGCUGGGUGAAUGAGGCCCAAGAAGCAGCAUCCAGUGAUAACAUCAUGGUCCAGUACCAUGCACUGGGGCUGCUAUACCACGUGCGUAAGAAUGACCGCCUGGCUGUCAGUAAGAUGAUCAGCAAGUUCACCCGGCACGGCCUCAAGUCUCCUUUUGCCUACUGCAUGAUGAUCCGGGUGGCCAGCAAGCAGCUGGAGGAGGAGGACGGAAGCCGUGACAGCCCAAUGUUUGACUUCAUCGAGAGCUGCUUGCGCAACAAGCAUGAGAUGGUGGUGUACGAGGCCGCCUCAGCCAUCAUCAAUCUACCAGGCUGCAGUGCCAAAGAGCUGGCCCCAGCUGUGUCAGUGCUCCAGCUUUUCUGCAGCUCACCCAAGGCUGCUCUCCGCUACGCAGCUGUCCGCACCCUCAAUAAGGUUGCCAUGAAGCAUCCAUCAGCAGUGACAGCCUGUAAUCUGGACCUAGAGAACUUGGUCACAGAUUCAAAUCGCAGCAUUGCCACUCUGGCCAUCACCACCCUCCUGAAGACUGGCAGUGAGAGCAGCAUCGACCGCCUCAUGAAGCAGAUCUCCUCUUUUAUGUCAGAGAUCUCAGAUGAAUUCAAGGUGGUGGUUGUCCAGGCCAUCAGUGCCCUGUGUCAGAAGUAUCCUCGCAAACAUGCUGUCCUCAUGAACUUCCUGUUUACCAUGCUACGGGAAGAGGGUGGCUUUGAGUACAAGCGGGCCAUUGUGGACUGCAUCAUCAGCAUCAUUGAGGAGAACUCGGAGAGCAAGGAGACAGGGCUGUCGCACCUGUGCGAAUUCAUCGAGGACUGCGAAUUCACUGUGCUGGCCACCCGCAUCCUGCAUCUCCUGGGCCAGGAGGGGCCUAAGACCAACAACCCCUCAAAGUACAUCCGUUUCAUCUAUAACCGAGUGGUCUUGGAGCAUGAAGAGGUCCGGGCAGGUGCUGUGAGUGCUCUGGCCAAGUUUGGGGCCCAGAAUGAAGCGAUGUUACCCAGUAUUUUGGUGUUGCUGAAGAGGUGUGUGAUGGAUGAUGACAAUGAAGUCAGGGACCGAGCCACCUUCUAUCUCAAUGUCCUGGAGCAGAAGCAGAAGGCCCUCAACGCAGGCUAUAUACUAAAUGGUCUGACAGUGUCCAUCCCUGGUUUGGAAAGGGCUCUACAGCAGUACACCCUAGAACCAUCGGAAAAACCUUUUGACCUCAAGUCUGUGCCCCUGGCCACCACACCCAUAGCAGAGCAAAGAACAGAAAGCACUCCCAUCACAGCAGCCAAGCAGCCUGAAAAAAUGGCAACUACCCGUCAGGAGAUCUUCCAGGAGCAGUUGGCAGCAGUGCCAGAGUUUCAUGGACUGGGGCCCCUCUUCAAGUCCUCGCCUGAACCUGUGGCCCUCACUGAGUCAGAAACAGAGUAUGUCAUCCACUGCACCAAACACACCUUCACUGACCACAUGGUGUUCCAGUUUGACUGCACGAACACACUCAACGACCAGACCUUGGAACAUGUCACGGUGCAGAUGGAGCCCACUGAGGCCUAUGAGGUCCUCUGUUACGUGCCUGCCCGGAGCCUACCCUACAACCAGCCUGGGACCUGCUACACGCUGGUGGCACUGCCUAAGGAAGACCCCACAGCUGUGGCCUGCACAUUCAGCUGCAUGAUGAAGUUCACUGUCAAGGACUGUGACCCCACCACUGGAGAGACUGAUGAUGAAGGCUAUGAGGAUGAAUAUGUGCUAGAAGAUCUGGAAGUCACUAUAGCUGAUCACAUCCAAAAAGUCAUGAAGCUGAACUUCGAAGCAGCCUGGGAUGAGGUAGGGGAAGAGUUUGAGAAGGAGGAAACAUUCACCUUGUCUACCAUCAAGACCCUUGAAGAGGCUGUGGGAAAUAUUGUGAAAUUCCUGGGAAUGCACCCGUGUGAGAGGUCAGACAAAGUGCCAGAUAACAAGAACACCCACAUGUUGCUCCUGGCUGGUGUGUUCCGGGGUGGUCAUGACAUCCUGGUGCGCUCCCGGCUGCUGCUUUUGGAUGGAGUUACAAUGCAGGUGACAGCCAGAAGUUCAGAGGAGCUGCCAGUAGACAUCAUCUUAGCAUCUGUGGGCUAAGAGGCCAGCCUACAUCGGCUCUACUCUUAACUCUUUCCACUCAACACUAUGCAGAAGUCGCACCUUCCUUAUAUACCCAGUGGAAACUCCUUCCUAAGCUUCUGUAUUCAAAAACAAUUAGGAAUCAUUGGAUUUUUUUUUUUAAUGUAACACUUGCCAAGGACUGUUAGGGGAUAACUUUUUUUUUUUUUAAAUAGGGGAUGAUUUUAGCUUAUCCUAGAACUUGCUGUCCUGCCUGCCAGGGAAGGACAUCGCAAAUUAAUAGAAUGCUUGCAUCUCUUGAAUUUAUCCCCAAAGAAACCAGCUUAUUGCUAUAAAUAAAUCAGCAUGUAUUUAUUGAAUGACUUCUA